CCCCCCCCGCUUCCUUCCUCCGCCCACGGCAGGUUCAUCCAACGCAGCCCCCUCACCCUUCUGCGUAGCCAGGUGAUUCUCCCCAUCCUCCAGUGGGCCAUCGCCGCCACCACCUUGGAUCACCGGGACGCCAACUGCAGCAUCAUGAAAUUCCUGCGCGACCUCGUCCACACCGGUGUGGCCAACGAUCACGAGGACGACUUUGAGGCCCGCAAGGAGCUCAUUGGGCAGGUGAUGACCCAACUGGGCCAGCAGUUGGUGAGCCAGUUGUUGCAGACCAGCUGCUUCUGCCUGCCGCCUUACACCCUACCGGACGUGGCCGAGGUGCUCUGGGAGAUCAUGCAGGUCGACAGGCCGACCUUCUGCCGCUGGCUGGAGAACUCCCUGAAGGGGUUGCCGAAGGAGACCACGGGGGGAGCCGUUCAGGUGACCCACAAGCAGCUGACCGACUUCCACAAGCAAGUCACCAGGUCAGGGGGGGGGCUUGGGGAUGG